AUGAGGCUAAUCCUUGUCUCACUCCGGUUGCCACUGGUUCUCAACUUAGCUCUCUUCAUGGCUCUCCUCUCUCGGAUCCCACCUAGUAUCGCAGUCUUGUUGGCGCACUUCAGUAUCUCACCAUCACCCGUCCGGACAUUUCCUUUGCCGUCAACCAAGUUUGUCAAUUCAUGCAUCAACCUACUGAUAUUCAUUGGAAAGCCGUCAAGCGUAUUCUACGUUAUGUUCUUGGCACUUCUCAUGAUGGCCUUGUUUUUCGUCCUGGUACUCUCUAUACUCUAUGCCGACUAUGCUGGUAAUCCCGAUGAUUGUCACUCUACAGGGGGAUAUUGUAUUUUCUUUGGCUCCAACCUUGUCUCAUGGAGCUCCAAGAAGCAGCCCACCGUUUCCCGCUCUAGUACCGAAUCUGAGUAUCGUCAAUUGGCUCUCACUGCUAUGGAACUCUCAUGGAUUCAACAACUCUUACAAGAAUUACAUGUCUCUUUGCCCUCACCUCCUUUGCUUUGGUGUGACAACACAAGCUCUAUUGCUCUUGCUUCUAAUCCGAUCUUUCAUGCACGCACCAAACACAUUGCUGUGGAUUAUCAUUAUGUCCGUGAACUUGUCCUUGCUGGCUCCUUGCAUGUUCGUUAUGUCUCCACCCAUACUCAGCUGGCUGACAUUUUUACCAAGGGUCUCCCGCUUCCUCGGUUUGCAUUUCUCAAAUCCAAGCUGUUGCGCUCUUCGCACAUCAGCUUGCAGGGGGAUAAUAGAGAUGGUGAUAAAUCUGCACACAAUCAGGCACUCCAAUAUCUGUGA